AUGGUCAGAAAUGGCCAGGAAUGGUCAGAAAUGGUCAGGAAUGGCCAGGAAUGGUCAGGAAUGGCCAGGAAUGGCCAGAAAUGGUCAGAAAUGGCCAGGAAUGGCCAGGAAUGGUCAGGAAUGGUCAGGAAUGGUCAGGAAUGGUCAGGAAUGGUCAGGAAUGGUCAGGAAUGGUCAGAAAUGGCCAGGAAUGGUCAGGAAUGGCCCAGGAAUGGUCAGAAUGGUCAGGAAUGGUCAGGAAUGGACAGGAAUGGUCAGGAAUGGUCAGGAAUGGUCAGGAAUGGUCAGGAAUGGCCAGGAAUGGUCAGGAAUGGUCAGGAAUGGCCAGGAAUGGUCAGGAAUGGUCAGGAAUGGUCAGGAAUGGCCAGGAAUGGUCAGGAAUGGCCAGGAAUGGUCAGGAACAUAAGAACAUAA